AUGAAGCAUCAGAACUUCUUACUCUAGAAUAACAAUUACAAGUAAGACAGUUGGUAAGAGUGCUUUUAGCAUGCUACUUCAGAAUUUCAUACACUCAAAGUAUCUUAUGAGAAGUACCAUGAGAUAUGGAGAGAGCUUCUAUUAAAGAAUGAGUAUCAACCUACUCAGACUAUUCCCAUUUGUCAAAUAGGAUCAGCAAAGAAGAGUCUCCUCAAAUAGUAACUUAGUUCCAAUAUCGAUCCUCUACUGUAUCCAAGCAUAUCAUAAAAAGUGCUACUGUUUAACAUUUAAAUGUUAUAUCAAUUAAAGAGUUGAACACAUUAACUAAAUUAAUUGAAAGAGAACCAGUUUUUAAAAUUCCAACUAUUCUCACUGACUCUGAAAUCCAACUUGAUCGAUUAAUAGAAAUAGUAAGGAAUCAAAUUACAAGUGAAACCUCACCAAUAUGUUUAUGGAUAAUUGAUUUUUGGUCAUGUAUUGAAAGAUUCGAAAGGAUAUUUGAUCAAUACAUAAAUCUAAUUAGCAAAUAUGAAGCUAGACUUGAAAGUUCUAUUAAAACAUCUUCAGAGUUAAGUAUUCAGAAGUAGCUUAGUAAUAUCUCUAUUUAUUCUAGAAUUAUCAUAUGAUGAGAUCAAAAAAAAAAGUAUUUCUGAAAAAGAAUUGAAUUCCUAAAAAGAUUCUUGUAUUAAAUGUUGUAUAUUCUGA